UAUCCUUCAGCAAAUGGCCGAAAGCAACGACACCAACAGCGUGACCCCAGGGACACCAAUGAAAUCGGAGGUGCUGACUUCAGGGUCAACAUGCGAUCUUCAGGAAUGUCAAGAAGUGCCGCAGGUCAUGGGAGAAAUGGAAAGCGCAUCAGAAAUGCAAAGCAUCUUUGAAUCUCAACCUAUGGGAGAAAAGGACAUUACUGAAGUGGAUGGCAUUACUACGACCCUUGGUGAACACUUGGUAGCCAAAGGCUUUGACAAGGCCUACAUACUGUUGGGUCAGUUCCUUCUCCUCCACAAGAAUGAGAGAACCUUCCAAGACUGGAUCAUGACCAAGUGUGGAGCCUCCCCAGACGAAGCCCAGCAGGCCUGUCGAUGUUUAAAAAAUUGGUGUCAUUCUUUCUUGUAAAGACCGGGCCACCCUCCCAACACUGCCCCUGAGCCACUCUUGGCUAAUUGCCAGGCCUCUCCUAGACAUGGAAUUAAACUACUCACCCCAGAA